AGGGGCCCGGCUUUGGCUGGACUGUAAGGGUUAGUUCAAGCGGAGGGUGACCGCCAAGGCCUCUCGUCCUCCAGACUCCACGUUUGGAUGGUCACCAACCUCUAUAGCAACAUGUGCUUCAGGAGAUUCACAGUUCCUCAUGUUCUGCUGCUACUGAUGUGUCUACUGGGAAGAGUCCAAGCAGAGUCCAAUCUUAAGGAGGUCCUCAGAGUCUUGGAUCUACCAUUCGACCCGGAUGAAGAGGCGCACCUCCAGAAGAACCACAUCGGCGUCCUGGUUUCUGCGAUUCUUCUGGCGGUGAACUGCCCAGAGAAGACUGGUGCCUCUCAAGAAGUCUGUGACAAGUGUCUGCCACCCGAUGUCGCGGUAUCUGUGCUGGAGGAUGACGGGAAGCCGUACCUAACCGAGGAAGGUUUCCAGCGCCUCUCCACUCUUUUGCUGUAUUACAUCGUGAACCUGCGAGAUCUGUGCCAGUCGUCUUCCUCGCCUGUCGGUAGCUACGAGUUCUACCUGCUAGCUCUCACCGAUCUCCACCCGGUGGAGGACAGCGGUGUCUUAUCAUUGGAUGAACUUGAGAGCAUUCUGCAGAUCAUCAACCAGCACAACAACCCCUCCAGCCAAGAACGUUCUACGCUCUCCAACCUCCAAAAAUAUGAUCUCUCCUGUGACGUCCAGUGUAUUGACGCCGCUCAUCUUCUUGAAGAUGCUAAUGUGAAAGAAGGUACCGGUAAGAUGUCUGUGGCCAAAGUGUUUGCUGCCAUUAUCAGUCACCUCCUGCAGGGUCACUGUUUCGCUCAGAGGAACCUCCCUCCACCGGCCUUCUUUACCAACUACAUCUUUCAGUCCCUCAACCGCACCAAUGAACUGGGAGUUUUAGAUCUGGAGGUGCUGCUUCACCAGAUCGGCGUUGGCAGAGAAGGAAAGAAGCCGCACGCUCAUGACAGGAAGAGGGGACGCUCGCAGACAGAGUCUGGGCAUUCACAGGAGGGUUGCAACCAUGACGCUGGAAACUGGGCACGGGUCUGUUUUUCAGCCAAUCAGCUGGUGUAUAUUUUUGCUCUCGAUCCACAAAUGCCCAUUUCCAAGGAGCACUUUGGACAAAUGUGCCCGGCCAUCAUCCAGCAGCUGCUUGGGAAUGCAUGCGAUUCUGGAGAGCGGAACGCAAGAGGAUCUCAUCAGCCCACAGCUUUUGAGAAGUAUGGCUACAGCACGGCGGCGGUGCUGCUCAUCACGCUGGGAUCCAUGCUCGGCAUCUGCCUGAUCUUCUUCAACUCCUGCCAGGAGACCUACAACCUCAUCCUGCAGCUCUUUGUGGGCCUGGCCGUGGGGACCCUCUCCGGCGACGCCCUCCUUCACCUCAUCCCGCAGAUCCUUGACCUCCACGGACACGAUGAGGAGGACCUCACGGAGCAGAAGGACUACCUGUGGAAGAUCGUCGGCGUGGUGGCCGGGAUCUACGGCUUCUUCCUCAUGGAGAGGAUUUUCUCCUUCCUGGUUCCUCAGCACAGACAUAGCCACUCUCGGGGUGACUGCGAGGGUCCGUCCCGGAGGGGCAAGUCCAUCUCUACCAUACAGCUGCAGGGACCAGUGGACGAAGAAGCAGAAACAUCUCCAGUGCAGAGCCCGUCACAACAAAUUCGCGGCGUUCCCCUGCUGGCCGUGAUGGUCAUCGUGGGCGACAGCCUCCACAACUUUGCUGACGGCCUGGUGCUGGGCGCCGCGUUCUCCUCGUCGCCCGAGUCUGGCAUGGCGACCACCGUGGCCAUCUUGUGCCACGAGAUCCCCCACGAGAUGGGGGACUUCGCGGUGCUGUUGAGCUCCGGACUCCCCGUAAAGAUGGCCGUGGUCAUGAAUUUUGUCAGCGCCCUGACUGCUUUCGCUGGCCUCUACAUUGGUCUCUUUGUCUCGGCCGAGGCGCAAGUGCAGCAGUGGAUCUUUGCAGUCACUGCAGGGAUUUUCCUCUACCUGUCAUUGGUGGAGAUGCUCCCCGAAAUGAGUCGCUUGCAGAGCGGGCGACCGUUAACUGCGUUCCUCCUGCAGAAUGUCGGCCUCCUGUCGGGCUGGGCCUGUCUCCUGCUGCUUGCACUCUUUGAACAUGAUCUCAAAUUCUAAUAGUAUCAUCCUAAUCACAACAAUAAACAUGGAUAUUUUACGGAGGCGUCUCCUUUGUGAGGCUUAACGUUGCGCGCCCGAGCUAGGUGAGUAACGGUCAGCCAGCCCACACGCGCCAGAGGCUUCGCGCUGAUGAGUCAGCCAUUAUGUCACACGUGAAAAGUCGACAGAGAGAGAGAAUAUGCUUCCUCUUGCCGUUUUCAAAAAAUUAGACAUUUUCUUGAAAUAAAUAAAUGGAAUAGCUUGGAAAAACUUGCUUGUAUGAAUAUAUACAGCUUUUUGUACAAAAAUGCUACUGUAUUCUUUGUAAAUUUUUACUUAAUUUUUUUUCUCAAAUAAAUACAACUCAUUUCCUUGAAAGAUAAAGCAUGAGUUUCUUGUAAAAAUCGGAUUUCCCCCCCAAAGAAAUUACACCAUCUCAUAAGAUUAAGACAGUGUGUACAGUAGUUUAUUCCUCAUUAAAUUUAGACUUUGUUCUCAUAAUAAUGGGACUUUUUUUCUUCUUAAAAAACAACAACUGUUUAUUGCUUUUGAAGAAACUACUUCAUAUCUGUCUAUCUAUUGGUCUACUAUUCAGACCUUUUUUUCCUUGAAUAAACACUAUAACUAUUAUUUUCUUUGAAAAAUACACUAGUUUUUGUUGAAACAAUAAAACUUUAUUUUUAUAAUAUGAUCCUUACAAAAUUACCAGAUUAUUGAAGAUGACCACUUUAUAGUGUAUAUAUUUACUUGUCAAAUUUUGCCUUGUGUAACUUUUUUUAAAACCUGAGGAAUUUUUAUUAAAAAAAAAACAAAAAAAAAAACUAAAUGUUUAACCUACAAAUGGUGGAUCAUCUUUUUUUUUUUUUUAUUAAAGGCCCUCAGUGGACAUUAUAAAAUCCGAAAUGCUUCCCACCUGUGGUAUCAAAACUUAUGACUAUGUUCCACUUGAAAUUGCAGCUGCAAAUGAAACCAUAAGCGGGCAAUAAAGAAUCAAGACAUUUUGAUGGAGCACACCUUCUAGAAAGUACACAACUUAAGACAUCAUCCAUCCAUCCAUUUUUAUAUAUUUUUUGUACAGUUUAUCAGUAAGGUCGAGGCUGUGCUGGAGCCUAUCCCGUCUAUCUUUGGGCGAAAGGCGGGAUACACCCUGAACCGGUCGCCCGCCAAUCGCAGGGCACAUAUAGACAAACAACCAUUAACACCCGCGGAAAAUGUAUCCAUGUUUUUGGAAUGUGGAAGGAAACUGGAAUACCUGGAGAAAGGCCACGCAAGCAUGGAAGAGAACAUGCCAACUCCGCAAAGGAAGACCCGGAUUUGAUCUCACGACCUCUGAUCUCUGAGACGGACGUGCUAACCGCGAGGUCAUCGUGCCGCCUUAUGGGGACAUAUGAUGUAAAAUUGACUUUUUUAAUGUUUGUGUACAAUACGUUUGGAGUGCCUGCACACCCAUCAAGCGUGAAAUUAAACAACCAAUCUAAUACAGUGGUGCCUUGAGCUAUGAAUGACUCGACUUAGGAGUUUUUCGGGAUCCGAGCUGUCAUUUGACAUUUCUUUGCAUUCACUUCCGAGAGCAGACUUGCGAUACGAGCACGGACUCAACUCGCUUUCAAACAAACAGCAGUUUGGGAGGUACAAUUAGAAAACAAUUCCUAAAAAGAAUGCUUCAAGCUGUUUAUUGCCCUUCAAAGUUACGUUUACCGUCAAUCCAAACAUAAAACCAACAGAAUUAAACCUAGUGUAUUUAAAACAACCACAUCGCUUAGCUUUUCAGUCCGCUAUCCUAAUGCUAAUGCUAAAUAGCUUGUAAAAUACAAGUUGUUUUGAGUUACAAGUCACAAUCAUGUUAUGAAGACACCUGUGAAGUGUAAAUUGUGGGGAAAACAUGCUUACUCUCUCCUGGUGUUUGAAUGUUUUGAAUAAAAGGCGAAUAGGACCGUAGUGAAUGGACUUGAUUUUCAUUUGUCUCUGUUGUUGCGAGGGGGCGGUGGAAGAAGGAUCCACGCCGGACGAGUGCGCGGAUGGAGCGGCCGGUGUGGGCAAGGAAAAACGAUGUGACGAGUUGCCGCAGGGCUGGAAAGCAUCCACGCCACCGCCAUGAUAUCAUGACCACCACCUUCACCGGAGCUCCACACACACUCGCUUCUUCCAACUUGCCGGCCGGCAGAGGAGCAAGCCUCCUCGGUCUCGUCCGCCCUCGGGGCGGCGAUGCGAUGCUCAACAUGAAGAGUUUGUUUUUUGUUUUUUAUGUUUAGUUUUUUUUUG